UACCUUCCUUCCCCUUUUCUAGGGUUCUUAUUUUGUGUACGAAUCGUUCUUUAAUUAGCUGUGAAAUUUUCUGCGAGUCCUUCUAGCAAAUCGAAGAUCUUAAACCACCUCAGACGACGCCAUGUACGGACCCAGAGGGGCAAUGUUGGGAAGCGGGGGGGUUUCGGACGGGUACGAGGUCGGCUCAAAGAGACAAAGAAUGAUGGAAUCAACUCCCUACUUCGCAGUGAACAGCAGUAUGGGCGGCUAUCGACCUUUUGGUUAUGGUGGUGGUUACCAGCCACCUGUCUUUCCUGUAGUCCGUCUGAGGGGUCUUCCUUUCAACUGCACUGACAUCGACAUCUUCAAAUUCUUCGCUGGACUGGACAUUGUUGAUGUUUUGCUGGUCAACAAGAACGGAAGGUUCUCUGGAGAGGCCUUUGUCGUCUUUGCUGGGUCCAUGCAGGUGGAGUUUGCUUUGCAAAGAGAUCGGCAGAACAUGGGACGUCGCUACGUUGAAGUUUUCCGGUGCAAGAGGCAAGACUAUUAUCAUGCCGUGGCUGCGGAGGUGAAUUAUGAAGGAAUCUAUGAUAAUGACUUCCAUGGAAGCCCCCCACCAUCUCGAGCAAAGAGAUUCAACGAUAAGGAUCAAAUGGAAUACACCGAGAUACUCAAGUUGCGUGGUCUUCCCUUUGCGGUGAAGAAAUCAGAAAUCGUCGAAUUCUUUGGAGAUUUCAAGAUCGUCGAGGAUCGUAUUCAUAUUGCAUGCCGCCCCGAUGGGAAAGCUACUGGAGAGGCAUAUGUGGAGUUUGCCUCAGUUGAAGAGGCAAAAAGAGCAAUGCGCAAGGAUAAGAUGACAAUAGGGUCUCGGUAUGUGGAAUUGUUUCCUUCAACACCGGACGAAGCUCGACGGGCUGAAUCGAGAUCGAGGCAGUAAUGCGGUACUGUUAUUUGUGUCAUUCUAGCCAGAGAUGCAUCUCCCCUGGAUUUCUAUGGGGUAAUCUUAUGUGUCUCAAAUAUCAUCUCUAAUGCCCAUUAGGUUAAAUAUGA